CUUAUUGCUAAUUUCGUCCAAAGUAGUAUUCUGAUCAGAGGCAUGUAUGCUCUAACAACUCUGAGUAUAUAUACCUACUUAAAUUGCAUCUAUGCAUCAAACAUUCAACAUAAGAACAUACGUAGAGGGAAAGAGAGACUGAGAGAAUGAGGAACUUCUUGUGUUCAAAAGCAUCUUUUCUCCUACUAUUCAUUCUUCUAUUGACAAACUGUUUUGACAUUGAAGCUCAGAAAUGUCGUCCAAGCGGCAGGAUCAGGGGAAAGAAGUCCCCUUCUGCACAUUGCAACACAGAGAAUGAUUCUGUUUGUUGUGUUCGAGGCAAGAUGUACACAACUUACCGAUGUUCACCAUCUGUUUCUAGUAACACCAAGGCCUAUCUCACCCUCAACAGCUUCGAACAUGGAGGAGAUGGUGGUGGUCCAUCGGAAUGUGACAACCAGUACCACUCUGAUGACACACCUGUGGUGGCACUGUCUACGGGAUGGUUCAACAACAAGAGCAGGUGUCUUAACAAUAUCACCAUAAGCGCCAAUGGGCGAAACGUGUUGGCCAUGGUGGUGGACGAGUGUGACUCAACAAUGGGGUGUGAUGCAGACCAUGAUUAUCAACCUCCAUGUCCCAACAACAUUGUUGAUGCCUCCAAGGCUGUGUGGGAAGCUUUAGGUGUAUCUCGUGAAGAAUGGGGUGGUUUGGAUAUUACAUGGUCCGAUUCUUAAGUUUCAAGUGCAUUGGUUGUAUCAUAAAAAAAAACUUAGUCUACUUUGUUGUUGCUGUUUUUCUGGGGUGGAAUGCAUCACUUUAAAUUG